AUGAUGGUGUUAAAGGUGAAGAACUUUUGUGAACGUGAAAAACGUAAUAAUGCACCAUUAAUUCCUUUAAGAUGUGUUCAGGCUCGUGUUACCGCCAUUACAGGUGUGUCCGAAAAAACCGUGUCUAAAAUCACCAAAGAAGGUGAGGUCGCUGCCAGCACGUCGACUAAGGUUUCAACACCACGCAAAAGCGGUCCCCGGCCUAAAAAAAUCGAACUGGAUGACUUCGAACGACAAAUUGCUGAAAAAAACAUAGGUCAAGAAGCAAAUAAAAUCGUCCAAAUCACAGAAGAAGCCUUUGCAACGAUCACCGAAGAAGAAUGGAGAAAAGAAUGUGAGCAUGUGAAAAAAGUGGAAGAAAAAUAUUACGCCGAUGGCCCAGUUAUUGAUAGCGAGAUGGAGAGGUUCAUAAUUGAAGUGGGAGACGAUAGCGACACUUCUGAUGACGAGGAUGAUGAGGAAGAUGAAGUUGACGACGAUCUCUCGGGAAUAAGUCCGUUGGAUGAGCAUUUUUUGAUUGAUCACAAUUAUAAUAAAAAAUAU